AUUUAUGUAAAAUAUUAUUGAAGCGCAUAAUCCAUGCGUUAAUAUUUAACUACACCUUCAGAGUAUAAGGCGUAAUAGAAACAAGGACCUCUAUGUGACUCUCUGAGUCUGUAUGUGUUUGUUGUCAGGAUCCCCAGGCACCAGUGGUGGUUUUGGCUGGCUGCUUCCUGCCCCUCCUUCUCCGUCAGGUGCAAAUGAGCUCUGCAUAGAAGGAUAUGAUUUCACAGCAACCACCUGGAGAUCCCGCCCAUCCUUUACUUCGUUACGGAGACGAGGGGGGAGGGAGCAAGUGCACACAACUCAUCCACUGGGACUGCUUCUCCACCUGAAUACAGAUCCCAGAGAGAGAGACAGCGAGAGAGAGAGAGAGAGCGAGAGAGAGAGAGAGAGAGAGAGAGAGAGAAGAAACGGCCGUUUUGUUCCUUUUCCAGUUCCAAGAAUGAUCUACAUUUUUUACCAUUGAGACUGAAAGUUGUGCCAAGCAUCCCUCCACUGGAGCACGAGCAGAGCGAGCUGAGAUGGCAGGCCAGCCGAUGGAGCUGGCAGCACUAAUCCUGACUCUGUUGGGCCUAAUAGGUGUCUCGGCCAGCACAGGGAUGCCCAUGUGGCGCGUGACAGCAUUUAUUGGUGAGAACAUCAUUGUGAUGGAGACGCGCUUCGAGGGCCUCUGGAUGAACUGUUAUCGACAGGCCAACAUUCGCAUGCAGUGCAAGGUUUACGAUUCGCUGCUGGCACUCACACCUGAUCUCCAGGCUGCCCGAGGCCUCAUGUGCUGCUCAGUGGCACUGGCUGCCAUUGGCCUGUUUGUGGCCAUCAUAGGGAUGAAAUGCACUGCAUGCAUACAAGGAAACGACCGCGCCAAACGUGUGGUUCUCAUUGUGGCUGGAUCCCUCAUUAUCCUUGCCUGCAUCUGCUCCAUUAUUCCUGUCUCCUGGACCGGCAAUGUGAUUAUACGAGAUUUCUACAACCCCCUCCUGAUUGAUGCCCAGCGAAGGGAGCUUGGUGAGGCGCUCUACAUCGGAUGGGUUUCCUCAGCACUGCUUUUUGCCGGUGGAUGCAUUUUUGCGUGUUGUGCCGGGUCUAAAGAGAAACGAGCCGACCAGUCUCGCUACACUUACAACAGGGAUGUUCCAUACGUGGCAUACCAGCCUCAACCACAACCAGUGGCGUAUCAGCCCAGACCUGCAGCCACCUACAGUUUCUCCUCCAGAGAGCCGUCCUUUCUCCAGACGUCCACUCAACCAUCCAUUGCUCAGAUAUCCAGACAGCAGAGCUUCAUCCAGCCGUCCAGACAGCAGAGCUUUAUCCAGCCGUCCAGACAGCAGAGCUUUAUCCAGCCGUCCAGACAUCCGUCAGCUCGUAGUGCUGUUGCCUAUCUGUGAAAAUGACAGGAUAAACACAAACUAACGGUUAAAUGAGGACAGAACAGGGGAUAUGGCAACCGGAUCAAGGCAAUGUGUGUGUAUACGUGUGUGUAUGUAUAUCUUUGUUUACUGCAGCUUACUGGGAUUAACCUCACUUGACAAUACUGUUCUAAUGUUUCAUGUGAAAUCAGCUUUCUGUGAUUUUACUGUGUAAAUCGUAUGUAUGUAGAUCAAAUGUGAAAAGUCGACAUGCCUCUGUGUCUAGAUAUUCUCCAAAAAGCCUGUUAUAGAUUGUAUGUUUUUGAAGCAUGUCACCAUGUUGUUUUUUUUUUUUUUUAAGAAUUACCAUUGUGUUAGCACUUGGAUUCACAUUGAACUGAACAAUGAGAAAAAACGGGUGCUUUGUACAAAAAAGUAAGCUCUUUUUUUUUAUUUAUGAUGGAUGUGUUUAGGAGGUGAGACAAGAGACUGCUUGCAUGCAAUUAUGUUUACCAAACUCUUUGUCACAUUGUGUACUCCAGCGUCUUGGUGAUCUGCGUGCCCUGAGGCUCCUGUGUGAAAUGUAAGCCAAUGAGCAUAUAUUGUCUCAAAUUCUUUAACCAGACACGCCCUUUACAUCCACAGAAACCUUACAACUGAAGCAGAACAAGGAGAACAAACAUCUCAUAAACCUUUACUGGUAUUGUACAAAGACACACAUUUUUGUGUUUUAUGGCGAGAGAACAGGUUUGACUUUUAUAAUAUAAUAAUAAAAGAAGAAAUAUCA